AAUGUAAGCUAACUUAGCUAGCGCAGUUUUAAUUAGUACGACCAAAAGCCAGUAUUUUGUCAACCUGCUGCUUUUGUCGUAAGCCAAAUAAUGUUAAUGUCGGUCAGUCCUGAUAAUUUGCAAACCCUAGCCUACCACGAUAACUAACCUAAUCCUCAGCUUGAAGUUCAGAUGAAAGACUUGUUUGCGUCAACUUUUACCGAGAAAUUUAAAGUUAGCUCCGUGUUUUGCAUUUGCUAGCAAGCUAUGUAGCAUUAGCCAGCAACCCAAGCAGGCUUGGCAACUUUGGCGACUCGUUAGCAUCGGGUUUUGUGAUUUAUUUAUUUUUCGAUGGACACUACUAAUGCUUGUUGUCGUGGUUUUCUAUCGAUAGAGAAUCAAAGUAAUGUUAACCAGAGGGUUAGCUGAUGCAGAUAGGGGUUAUUGCGUGUUGCCAUGGCGAUUGUGGGACGGAACUAGGUUAGAGUUGGUGGGCUAGUAAAGUUCUCAAAGGAAGAGCGAAGCUACGUACACUCACGUUUUAACGUUUGUUUAAGCUAACUGCGCGUUUUCUAUCGGUUGUCGCUGCACUUUCAUGCCAGUUAAGCUAACGUUAGCCGUUGUCUGUUCCUUCGGGGAGCAGUGACAGAAAGCUCGCGCUAACCCGCUGCGUGGUGGAGGGAAUGUCUCAUUGUUUUUACCCGGGCAUCUGAGCGGGCCCCACGCACAAAACCCAACGGCAGCUAACGUUAACGGACAGGUCACAAAAACUAGCCAGUGACGUUACACGACUAACGUAAAUGACUGAUUUUUUUUUUCCUUUUCAAACUGGUCGUUAAUUUGAGAGUUAACGUUAGCUAAAGUUAACUGCUGUUGCAAGCUGUAAGCGGGUGACAUGGCAACUGGAGGCACUCCUUUUGAUGACAGUUCAGAAGAGCUGCACAACUGGACUGUAACCAAUGGCAGCCUGGAAGACAGACUCAACAACAUGGACUGGGGUGUACAGCAAAAGAAAGCCAACCGAUCUUCAGAGAAGAACAAGAAGAAAUUGUCAGCUGCCGUGGUGGGGAGCCGCCUGACUAAUGAUAUUUCGCCAGAAUCCACCCCUGGGGCUGGUCGCAGGAGAGCACGCACUCCUCAUUCCUUUCCACAUAUCAAAUACACCACCCAGAUGUCUGUCCCAGACCAAGCUGAGCUAGACAAGCUGCGUCAGAGGAUCAAUUUCACAGACCUAGAUGAGAGGAGCAUUGGCAGUGACUCUCAGGGGCGUGUCACAGCUGCCAACAACCAGCGCCAGUUAGCUGGAGAGAACAAGAAGCCCUACAACUUCCUACCUCUGCAUGUAAACACUAACAAAAGCAAGGAACUACUCCCUCCCUCCUCCUCUGCCCCAGCCACCCCAGCUAUCACCAAGGAAACCAAGAAACAGAGCCCAGGGUACAGGGAUACGUUAACCCCUGUGGUUCCUACCAAGGAAACUCAAACUCCAAGGCUCAGCCAUGGUGGCACAGAGAGAGGGCCCUUGGUACACAGAGAACAUGGGAGAGGAGACCCGAGAAUAGACAGCAGCCAGGUGGUAAGCAAACUGAUACAGAUCCGGGAGUACAUCAGUAAGGCCAGCUCCAUGCGGGAUGACCUGGUGGAGAAGAAUGAUGUGCCAGCAAAUGUGGAGCGUCUUUCUCAUCUCAUCGACCACCUCAAGGAGCAGGAGAAGUCCUAUUUACGGUUCCUGCAGAAAAUGCUGGCUCAGGAGAAUGAAGAGGAUGAUGUGGGGACCCUGGACUCUGCAGUGGGCUCAGGUUCACUGGCCGACAGCACUUCUCUUAACGCUGAGGUUCGCUUUUCAGAUGCCUCAAAUGCUAUGAGUGGUAGGCCAGAAGUUGUGCGUGCUGACCAGAAGGAAGAGUUGGAGAAUCUGCGUAAGCAGCACGAGCUGCUGAAGAAGAUGCUGGAGCAGCAGGAGCAGCUGAGGGCCCUGCAGGGCCGGCAGGAAGCUCUAAUGGCCAUGCAGCACAGUGCAGAACAGGCACUUGCUGUGAUUGAGGACACUGUUGUCACAGAAACCACAGGAAGUGUUUCGGGCCUAAGCAUCACAUCAGAACUGAAUGAUGAGUUAAAUGAAUUGAUCCAGCGGUUCCACAACCAGCUACAUGACUCUCAGACUAAAGCAGUGCCAGACAACCGUCGUCAGGCAGAGAGUCUUUCCCUCUCCAGAGAAGUGUGCUGGUCUAGGGCUCCCCAAGCUGUUGGCCCACCUCAACACAGGCCACUCCUCCACUCUGCCUCUGGCCCACACACUGGGCUAGACACUGGAGCAACAGCAGCCAGUGCAAAACUCACCAAGCUCCAAGAGCUCCAGGACAAAAAGCAAACCAUGGACAAGAUCCUGCAGGAGCUGCAUUCACUCAGAGACCAGACUCUCAAUAAUAAUUCAUGUCGUGGCUUGUCAGCACAGUGCAGUCUCAGUAUGGGAGCAACUUCGGAUUGUCCAUCUGCUCUCUGCUCUAAUGGGGCCUCUGCUUCCACUUCCUUUCAUCCUUCACUCACACAACACCAGGACAGCUCCAACUCCACAGACAAGCUCAGGAAGCUAAAGGAAGUCCACAAGCGUUUGAAUGAGCUGCGGGAAUUAGUUCAGUACUAUGAGCAGACUUCUGAUAUGAUGGUGGAUGCAGUCAAUGAGAAUGUGAAAGAGGAUGAUGAUGAUGAUGAAGAGGAAGAUGAGACGGAGGACGGUUCUAUGUUUGAGGCAAUGUUUGACUCUGAGCAGGAGAACCGCCAGCCUGUCACUAACAUCAGAAACCCACAGAGCAGUGGGAACUGGACAGACUUGAACAGCCUGACCAACGGGCGCAGUGUCAGGAGCAGCGGCACUAACAACCGGGAUAGCAGACUCAACACUGAGUGUGAGAUCAACAACCGGUCGGCGGCCAAUCUCCGCAGCCUCAACAUACCCUCAACCAUAGAGUGCCAGUACAACAGGGACACACCCUAUAACCAGGUGAAGGAUGAGGAUGAAGAUGAGGAUUGUAUUGUAAAUGAUGCAGGGGCACAGGCUGUGGCUCCAGACAGUGAGGCAUCGGGGUCUAGUCGGAGGAGCAGCCUUGGGAACAAUGGAGGUUUUUCCCAAAAGGUUCAUCAACAGACAGCGAAGCAAAAACUACGGCAGUUGCAGGAACUGGUGGCCAUGGUUCAGAGUGACGACACAGAUGGUACUACAGCUAAUGAAGAUGAAGCUUUACACCAACAGCCAAAUAAUACCAGAGCUACUGCAGCUAGGCCACUUGGGGCUGGAUCUAAGCAGAAUCCCAGAGACAUUACUCUCUCUAGCAAGGCCAGCUACUCUGGACACAGGGAGAAGUUGUACGAGGAGAAGCUGCUUCAGCAGAAACAGGAGUUGAAGCAGCUCCAUGAAGAGCGCCAGAGACUCAUUGAAAUCCAAGGCAAGAUCCAGGACCUCCAGUGGGCUUGCCCUGACCUCCAGUCGACGGUUUCCAGCACAGUGAGUCAGCAAGGUUUGCUGAAGAAGGUCCCAGUUGCAGUUUCCACUCCAGCCACUACCCAGGCUUCUUUAUCAUCUGGACCCAAAACCAACUCAGUUGUGCUUAAACCCACUGCUUCAGAAGCAGCAACUGUCACUGACAGUGAGCUUUGGUCAGAGAUGCGUCGCCACCAGAUCCUGCGGGAAGAACUGCGCCAACGCAGAAAACACUUAGAGUCCUUGAUGGCUGAACACCAGAGGCGUAGUGGUCUCAGUGACUCUCCCUGCCGGAAUGACGACCAAGACAGCCUUGCUACACCCUCACAACCUGUCAGCAGGGAUGAAAGGACAAUGGCUACCUGGGGUUCCACUCCCUGCCACCUUGAUGAUGAUGAUGAUGAUGACGACGAUGACAAUGAUGAUGAAUAUCGCUCAGAGAUGGAUGCAGAGGAGGAGGAGGAGCAGGAAGAAUGUGCAGAGAGCAGCUCUGAUGACGACAUCCACAUCUACUCUUCGAGCAGGAACCAGUGCUCUUACAGUAACAGGAAUAAUCAAGGAAGUAACCUGAAGCCUCCACCAGCCUACUCAGGUGAGGGUAGUGGGCAUCUUCAUAACAAGACUAAGGCCAAGCAGCAGCAGCAGCAGCAGCAGCAGCAGCAGCAACAGCAGCAGCAACAGCAACAGCAGCAGCAACAGCAGCAGCAGCAGCAGCAGUCCAGAAGUUUGAACCAGUCAGCGAGCCAGCACGGAGGUACACGACGGCAAGAAAACCUGCGAUGGGCUUCAGAGCUUUCCUUUGCUGAGGGCUCAUGCCACUGGCAGGAACAGGUUAGCCAGCUGCAGAGACAGCUGGAUUUCAGCACCAGCAUGUGUCAGACACUCCUGCAGGACCAGCAGACACUGUCAUACAUGCUGCAAACCCUGCUGACAGGUCAGUACAGCGUGUUACCCAACAACUUGUCAUCACCACAGGUCCACUUGGUCAUGCACCAGCUCAACCAGUGUUACACCCAGCUGGCUUGGCAGCAAAACAAUGUACAAAGACUUAAGCAGGUCCUGAGCGACCUCCUUCGUCAGCAGCAACAGCAGCAGCAGCCUUCCUCUUCAACAGCAGGUUGGCAGACAGAGAAGCCGAGCUCAUCCCAGGAAUCCAGCUCUUGUCCUUCAGCCUCUCCUGGUGUCUUCCUCCCCUUCUCCAAUAACAUGUCAACAGCUGCCUUAUCCCCUUUCCCUCCCAACUUUAACUUGUAUCCACUGUUCCCUUCCGCCAUGGGUGAGUUCCCUCAGAAUGCGACAGGUCAUGCCGCGCCUGACCACCAGAAGCAGCAGUUAGACCCCAACACCUCUAUAAAAACAGAGUACAUGAGUUUCCCUCCUCCACUUCAGCGCUCUCCUCUUAACACGACAACAGAAAAAGGACCGGCUGCCUGGCUUAACAUGUCCUACGUAAACAACACAGUCCAGCAUCAACCAUCUAAAAUACAGCCACAAGAGUCACCCUCCUCCUCCCCCACUUUCAUUAACUGCCACUCCAGAACUCAAGACUUUGACCAGGCCUCAGAGGAAAGCUUCAGCAGCAUGCCUGAUCCUGUUGACCCCACCACCAUAACAAAGACUUUCAAGGCUGGGCGUAAGGCCUCUGCACAAGCCAACCUGGCCUCGCGCAGCAAGACUCCCAAUUCUAAGAGUCGUCGGAGGAGGAGCAAAGGGCCCAGCAAGAACAGUGAAGGCCAUGAGAGUGACAGUGUUAGCAGCACAGCGGACUUUGUCCAGGAGAGGGCAGUCCCGUCUCGUCCGAAGGAUCAGAAUCAGAGUCUGCUGGACAAGCUGACUCAAGAGAAACUAGACAGCAAGACUAAGCUUGGGAAUAAAAGAAAUGACCUUUCGUCUGCCUAUGCUUGGAGAACACCCUUCCUCUCUAACAGAAUUGCAUGCACAGAAGCACCAGAUGCAAGCAGCGACUUCUCACUGUUUGAGGCACUGAGGGAGACCAUUUACUCUGAGGUGGCUACCUUGAUAUCCCAGAAUGAGUCCCGACCACACUUUCUCAUCGAGCUCUUCCAUGAGCUGCAGCUGCUCAACACAGACUACUUACGGCAGAGGGCACUCUAUUCCCUCCAGGAUAUAGUGACCAGGCACCUGGCAGAGAAGAGUGCAGCUGAGGACCAGGUGCCCCCUCUUGGUCCUGUGGUAUGGGCUGCAGGCUCUCAAUCUGAGCUGACACCCAGCGAGAGUCUGGCUACCAGUGAUGUAAGUGUUCAUCUUUUUCAGGAGGUCGUAGAGAAGAACUUGAGGCUCACACAGGACACAAUGAAGAGGGAUGAUGCAGAAUCUGUGGACAAUGACAGCACUAUGUCAACCUCCUCCAACCUGGAACCAUUUGCUAACGAUGACCUGGGCAACACGGUGAUUCAUUUAGACAAAGCUCUGGCCAGAAUUAGGGAGUAUGAGCGCAUGAAGCUUAAGGCUGAAUUUAACCCCUGCAACGCCAGCACUGCAGGUGCAGGUGGCUCUGAAGUCUCACAUGCUGAACACCCCUCUGCUAACCCUGCUGAACCAGUGGAAGGAGGUGCAGCUGGUGAUGUGCGCUGUCCUCAGAUUGACACGCAGCAGUUGGAUCGUCAGAUCAAAGCCAUCAUGACAGAAGUCAUUCCCUUCCUUAAGGAGAACAUGGACGAGGUGUGUUCCCUCCAGCUGUUGACAUCUGUGCGGCGCAUGGUCCUCACUCUCACCCAACAAAAUGAUGAAAGCAAGGAGUUUGUCCGCUUUUUCCACCGACAGCUGGGAGGCAUCCUGCAGGAUUCUCUUAGUAAAUUUGUUGGCCGCACUCUCAAGGACUGUGGAGAGGACCUUCUGGUGGAGAUCUCAGAGAUUCUCUUCAAUGAACUGGCCUUCUUUAGGCUCAUGCAGGAUUUGGACAACAGCAGUAGCAUUGCUUUGGCAGCCAAACACAAAAAUAAAAAGAGGGCUGAGCAAUCCAGUAAAGCAAAGCACAGUAUCAAUGAAAAUCCAAUAGCUGGUGGUGAUAAAUCUGUUUCUCCAGCCUAUUCAGAUGAAGAAAAGGACCAAGGUGACGCUGAGCAGGAAGGCGAUUCUACAGUCCAGGAGCUUUACCUUCAGACAGAGAUGAAAAACAACAAGAGCAAUGACGCUUCAGAGGUUGAAGAGGAAGAUGAGGAUGAAGGGAUUGGAAAGGGAAUGCCUCUGUCAAUCAGUCUUUCCAAAGCAGAGACUCAGGCCCUGACAAACUACGGCAGUGGGGAGGAUGAGAAUGAGGAGGAGGAAAUCGAGGAGUUUGAGGCCGGUCCUGUUGAUGUCCAAACCUCCUUGCAGGCUUCUGCCGAUGGACAGGUGGAGCAGGAGGGGACAACAGCCAGUGAAACCCAGGAGACAAAAACUGAACAGAGGAGUCCAGAGAAUGAUGAUGAAAUCAACAAGCCAGUUGGGACGAUGAAUUCCAAAGUAGAUGACAUUACCGUAGCAGCGUGCCAGAGUCCUGAGGAGGAGAGUAAAGUUGGGGCAGCUGCUGCUUCAGAAGAAAACACUGCAGUUUCUCAUGGUCAGGAUGGCCCCAAGGAGUCAACCACUACUAGCAGCCCAGACACAGACUCACCCGUCAUGAUCAAUGUAGAUGAGAUGGGGUCAGGUAACACCAGUCAAAAGUCUGAUGAGGAAGACUUUGUCAAGGUGGAUGACUUGCCAUUGCAGCUUACAGUCAUGUGUGAGGAGGAGCUUCAGAAGAGAAUAGUGGAGGAGCAGCAGAAUAACAACCUGUCUGUUGAGAUCCUCAGUGGGAACACUGAAUCGCUGACUGGGCUGGUGGGAAAUGCACAGGCACUGAAGGAACCAGAAACUGUUGGUGCCCAGAGUAUGUAAAGAAUUAUAGCGAUCUCUCAAAUUCUACUGUAUUUAGCAACACUAUCCUUUCACUCUCAAUCUGUUCUGGAUGUAUGAUUGUUGACUCUUAAUCUUAGUUUAAAAGAAGAAAGGGUUCAUAAUAUUGGACACACGGGGACACACACACACACACACACACAGGCGCGAUAAAACUAAACUUCUACAUGUGAUCAACACUUAGUUCAUUUUAUUCCUGAAUAUUUAAUGUGACUUGGGGUUCUCUCUAUGCUGCUGAUUUCUGACAGUUAAGCUUCUGUUUGAAUUUUUAAUUGUACUGAAACUUGUGUUCAGAUCUGCCUUAGUCUCCUUCUUAGUUCUGGAAUAAGUUUUACAUGGGUUGUGAUUUUUUGUUUUUUUUGUUUUUUGUUUUAUUUGUCUUGGCCCUGCCUUACUGUUGUACAGCUUGUCUCUUCUGCACUUGAUUCCUAAUUAUAAAAAGAUUACAGUAGGAUGGAAGUCCAGCUGUAGCCUGCCUGACUUCAGAUAUUUGUUUCUCCAGCUUGGACACUUCUUCCUUCAUAUCAGAACUAAAAGCUCAGACUUAACUUUUAUCCCUUCAGACAUGUCUUUAUAUGCUGUUUUCUGUUAAAGGUUAGUCUCCAUUGAUUUUCAUGUAAUUAAAAUGUUGACUACAGUAAGUUUUAAUUAAUAAAAUGCUGGAACUUU